AUGGACUCGCGAGCCGCGAUCCAUCUGAGACGUCUGGAGGCCAGGGGGAGGUCAGGGGAAGGCCAGCGGAAGUUCAGGGGGGGCCAGCGGGAGGUCAGGGGGCCAGCGGAAGUUCAGGGGGCCAGCGGAAGUUCAGGGGGCCAGCGGGAGGUCAGGGAAGGCCAGCGGAAGUUCAGGGGGGCCAGCGGGAGGUCAGGGGGGCCAGCGGGAGUUCAGGGGGGCCAGCGGGAGGUCAGGGGAAGGCCAGCGGAAGUUCAGGGGGCCAGCGGGAGGUCAGGGGGGCCAGCGGGAGGUCAACAGGUGGUCAGGGGGGCCAGCGGGAGGUCAGGGGGGCCAGCGGGAGGUCAACGGGUGGUCAGGGGGGCCAGCGGGAGGUCAAGGCCAGGGUGGUCAGGGGGGCCAGCGGGAGGUCAAGGGAAGGCCAGCGGGAGGUCAACGGGUGGUCAGGGGAGGCCAGCAGGAGGUCAGGGGGAGGCCAGCAGGAGGUCAACGGGUGGUCAGGGGGAGGCCAGCAGGAGGUCAGGGGAGGUCAACGGGUGGUCAGGGGGAGGCCAGCGGGAGGUCAACGGGUGGUCAGGGGGAGGCCAGCAGGAGGUCAGGGGAGGCCAGCAGGAGGUCAGGGGGGCCAGCGGGAGGUCAGGGGAGGCCACGGGUGGUCACGGGGGGGCCAGCGGGAGGUCAGGGGAAGGCCAGCGGGAGGUCAACGGGUGGUCAGGGGGAGGCCAGCGGGAGGUCAACGGGAGGUCAGGGGGAGGCCAGCGGGAGGUCAACGGGUGGUCAGGGGGAGGCCAGCGGGAGGUCAGGGGAAGGCCAGCGGGAGGUCAACGGGUGGUCAGGGGAGGCCAGCAGGAGGUCAACGGGUGGUCAGGGGAGGCCAGCGGGAGGUCAACGGGUGGUCAGGGGGAGGCCAGCGGGAGGUCAGGCCGGGUGGUCAGGGAAGGCCAGCGGGAGGUCAACGGGUGGCCAGCAGGAGGUCAGGGAAGGCCAGCGGGAGGUCAACGGGUGGUCAGGGGGAGGCCAGCGGGAGGUCAACGGGUGGUCAGGGGGAGGCCAGCAGGAGGUCAGGGGAAGGCCAGCGGGAGGUCAACGGGUGGUCAGGGGGAGGCCAGCGGGAGGUCAGGGGAAGGCCAGCGGGAGGUCAACGGGUGGUCAGGGGGGCCAGCGGGAGGUCAGGGGAAGGCCAGCGGGAGGUCAACGGGUGGUCAGGGGGAGGCCAGCGGGAGGUCAACGGGUGGUCAGGGGGAGGCCAGCAGGAGGUCAGGGGAGGCCAGCGGAAGGUCAGGGGGAGGCCAGCAGGAGGUCAACGGGUGGUCAGGGGGAGGCCAGCAGGAGGUCAGGGGGAGGUCAACGGGUGGUCAGGGGGAGGCCAGCGGGAGGUCAACGGGUGGUCAGGGGGAGGCCAGCAGGAGGCCAGGGGAGGUCACGGGUGGUCAGGGGAGGCCAGCGGGUGGUCAACGGGUGGUCAGGGGAGGCCAGCAGGAGGUCAGGGGAGGCCAGCAGGAGGUCAGGGGGAGGCCAGCGGAAGGUCAGGGGGGCCAGCGGGAGUUCAGGGGAGGCCAGCGGGAGGUCAAGGCCGGGUGGUCAGGGGAGGCCAGCAGGAGGUCAGGGGAGGCCAGCGGAAGGUCAGGGGAGGCCAGCGGAAGGUCAGGGGAGGCCAGCGGGAGGUCAGGGGGAGGCCAGGGUGGUCAGGGGAGGCCAGCAGGAGGUCAGGGAGAGGCCAGCGGAAGGUCAGGGGGAGGCCAGCGGGAGGUCAACGGGAGGUCAGGGGGAGGCCAGCAGGAGGUCAGGGAGAGGCCAGCGGAAGGUCAGGGGGAGGCCAGCGGGAGGUCAACGGGAGGUCAGGGGGAGGCCAGCAGGAGGUCAGGGAGAGGCCAGCGGAAGGGGGAGGCCAGCAGGAGGUCAGGGAGAGGCCAGCGGAAGGUCAGGGGGAGGCCAGCGGAAGGUCAGGGGGAGGCCAGCGGGAGGUCAGGGGGAGGCCAGCAGGAGGUCAGGGAGAGGCCAGCGGAAGGUCAGGGAGAGGCCAGCGGAAGGUCAGGGGGAGGCCAGCGGAAGGUCAACGGGUGGUCAGCGGGAGGUCAGGGGGAGGUCAACGGGUGGUCAGGGGGAGGCCAGCAGGAGGUCAGGGAGAGGCCAGCGGAAGUUCAGGGGGAGGCCAGCGGAAGGUCAACGGGUGGUCAGCGGGAGGCCAGCAGGAGGUCAGGGAGAGGCCAGCGGGAGGUCAACGGGUGGUCAGCGGGAGGUCAACGGGUGGUCAGGGGGAGGCCAGCGGAAGGUGAUCAUUUGACGGCUACAUGGAGAUCCAGCACUUGUUACGUCUCUUGUAUCCCCCGUCGUUGA